AGCAGAAAUUCUCACUUCUGUACAGUCAACUGAAUUUGGAAAAAACUACUUUUUUGGUGGAACUUUUUAAAAUGUCACUCAUACAUAGAGUUAUUGCACCCACUUGUGGAGGAGAUUGAAACUGCAGAAGCUGAGAUCCAUGAAUCUUCCUCUCGUUUUCACCUAUUUUAGAUUUUAGUGAUAAUUGAAAUCACUGAAGCUGUACAAUUUUUUUGUUAAGUCGCAAGCCACCCUUGAAUCUCUCUGCUGCAGAAGAGAGCAAGCUGCAUUGAAAAGAGCUUCUGCCAUGAGAUGAGGGUCUAGUAUGUAUUUUCCAGAUUACUAUGAAAAAGCCUGACAUUCCUGAAAAUGGCAGCUGAGACAUCCACAGAAGUUCCAAAAACUGCUAGACAAUUCAUCCUUAAAGAAGAGGUAAUUGUAGAAGGAAAAUGGGUGAAGCUUGAAGAAACAACUUAUACUGAUCCCUUUGGUAAAACCAGAACUUGGGAAACGGUAAAGCGUACUGGCAACAAAAAGGGCAUUUCAGCUGAUGGUGUAGCAGUGAUAGCUAUACUACAGAGAACUCUCCACUACGACUGCAUUGUCCUAGUGAAACAGUUCAGGCCCCCAAUUAACAGCUAUUGCUUGGAAUUUCCUGCAGGUCUCAUUGAGGAAAAUGAGACUGCAGAAAGCGCUGCAUUGCGAGAGUUGGAGGAAGAAACUGGGUACAAGGGGGAAGUCGUUGAAUGUACUCCAGCUCUCUGCUUGGACCCAGGUUUGUCAAACAGCACAACACACAUUGUGAGCGUCAUCAUUAACGGAGAUGAGGCUGAGAAUACGAGACCUAAACAAAAACUUGAUGACGGAGAAUUUGUGGAAGUCAUUUCACUUCCAAAGAACGACCUACUGCAAAGAAUUGACGAACUAGUAGCAGAAGAACAUAUUGCAGUGGAUGCCAGGGUUUAUACUUACGCAUUGGCCCUGAAGCGUGCAGCAGAGAAACCGCUCCAAGUUCCUUUUAUGAAGUUCUAAAACUAGACGAUGGGAAAUUUAGUUGAAAACUGCCCAAUUCAGAUGGCUUAGAAGUAUAACUCUUCUUGUAACAAAGGUCCUUUGCUUUACUUGUAGAGCAAAACCAGUAUUUGAAGGAAUGAUUCUGAUAUUUUCAUCUGGAAUUAUAUAACUGACAAAAAGCAUUUCUUCUAACUGCUCAGUCUAUCAAGCCUUGACAGAAUAAUCCUAAUAAAAAUGCCGUUUAAUUUUCAGAA